AUGUCAACUUCUAUUUCCGAUUGUAUGCGCGAGCUUCGAGCUCUUCGGAGUGCUAUUGCCUUGCAGGAUCGAAUUAUUUCCACACACGAAAGAUCAAUUGAUCGACUUCGCAACCUAGUUAUAGAAGGUGGACUUCGUCAUGAAAUUAUGGAAUCAUGGGCUGAGCAUGUCCCAGCAGAACAACGCUUUAGACGAUGCUUCUCACCAAUUGUUAGUCGAACAAUCUUAGCUCGAAGAGUUCAACAACGUAUAACUGAACGACGUUUGAAGAAUAAGGAAGCAAUUCAUCAGCUCCAAUUACAUGAAUUUGCAAUUGAAAGAAAUGAGAGCUUUAUUAUUGAACAAAAAAAUAGACGUGAAGAAGCUGGCAAUAACGAUCGCCUUGAAAGUUACAACAAAAUGAUCAUUGAAAAAAUUGAUAGGAAAUUAGAGCGUCGUCGUGAACAACUAAUUUUAGGACAUCAGAAUCUUGAUAUUCACAAUGAAAUGCAACGCCAAUUUCAAUGGCAUUUUAGUUUUAAAUUACCUGAAAAAAUUUUUUGGGUUGAUACGUGUGUUGUUUGCAAGGCUGAGGAAAAUCCAGGUUUUAUGGGUACAUGUGGACACAUAUGUUUAUGCAAAGAAUGCUGUAAUCGUCUACACUUAGAUGCACAUAAUUCUGGAAAGGUUGCGAGAUGCCCAUGUUGCCGAAAAAUAACCGUAUUUUUUAAAUAUGUUUUUGAACUAUAAAUGAUUAAAAGAAACAACGACAUAAAAGUUUGAAACCGAUUUUGGACUAACAUUUGCGGACAUC